UAGUUUUAAUUUAAAUACUUUUAAAUAUAAAAAUGAAAAAGCUACAUACAUAGUAGUACAGGCCGCACAUCAUAAAGGCCUAAGAUUACUACGGCCCAUUAACUCAAAUUUACGGCCCAAAAUGGCGAGGCAGGCGAAACGGUGACGGAGCUGGUAGUUCCCCAAAUCCCGAGCCGCGCCACCGGCAGCAGGGAGAAACGCCGCCGCCCGCUCGCCCCGUGCACUGCUCCUCCGCCUUAGCCCGUAGCCACCAGAUCCUUGGCGCACCAGCCCUCCAUCGCAGUCCUGGUUAGGCUAGGGGAUGUCAAAUCUCGAUUCCGCGACGCCGGCGGCUGCAGUGGCGGAGAUAGGGACGGCGGAGCGGGACUCUACCACCGCUUCUGUUUCAGCUUUAAAUGGGACACAUAGAUGCAAGAAGAAGAAGAUAAAGAAGAAUACGACUCGGGAGCAGCAAGAGUUACAACUUGAUUUGGAUUCAACAUUGACAGCAGAGGCGGAGGGACAAGUAGAGGCAAAGGGAAACGAGGUGGAGGAGCAGGAUGCCACUGAUGCUGUUGCUUCUGGUAUUUUGAUGGAGGGGACAGCAAAAUAUUAUGAGGAGGACUCCAAGGUGAAGGUCAGUCUGAUGCCCGAGAAGGAAGCCAACACCACUGUUGUUUCAGUUUCUGAGAGUACACCAAAACACAAGAAGAGGAGGAAAAAGAAGAACAAGAUUCAGGGGCAACUAGAUUCUGCAAAGGCAUCAUCUAGUGUUGUUUCCAUGGAUAUAAUUGCAGCUGAUAAAUCUGAAAAUGGUUGCACAGAUGUGGUAGGGGCAUCAGGACAUGCUGAUAUCAAUAUGGAUCCCAUAAAUGGUGAUGAUCUAAGUAGUGCUCAGUCAAAGGCAAAUGAUGCUGAUGUUUUACUGAAGAAUAAGGAUGGAAACAAGGGGGAUAAGAAUUGCGCUGAGAACAGCGUCUUGUUGCAGGAGAGCUCUGCAAGAAGAAAAAGACGGAGGGGAAAAAGAAAGUGGGGUUCAGCCGGUGGAGGACCAGGCUUCUCUUCUGAUAAUGGAGGCGUGGUUGCUGAGCAUAGCCUGCAUUCUUCAGCAAACCAUGGUCUUAGCUGCAUAUGUGCUCCAUGUUUAGUUGAGGCACAUGAAAAGAAGAUCCAAAAUAUCUACUCACCAAGAGGAUCACUGGUAAGGUUUCAAAGGAAGAAACUCCUGAUCUUGGACCUUAAUGGUCUGCUAGCAGAUAUAAAUCAAGAUUACCAUAAUGCACACUUGGCACAUGCAAAGGUUCGAACCAAAUUAGUUUUCAGAAGACCAUACUGUGACGAUUUUCUGAGAUUCUGCUUCCAGAAUUUUGAGCUAGGAAUAUGGUCAUCAAGGAAAAGGGAAAAUGUUGAAUCGGUUGUUGAUAUCCUUAUGAGGGGUCUUAAGCAAUGCCUACUAUUUUGUUGGGACAUGUCUUACUGCACUGUUACAGGGUGCAAAACAAUUGACAACAAGGACAAACCAUUAGUGCUGAAGGAACUAAAAAGGGUUUGGAAUAAGGAUGAGCCAGACCUCCCAUGGGGGCAGGGAGAGUUUUCACCUUCAAAUACAUUACUGGUGGAUGAUUCGCCCUACAAGGCUCUGUGCAACCCGCCAAACACUGCAAUCUUCCCCGAACCCUACAAUUACAUGAACCAGAGGGAUGAUUAUUCCUUGGGACCUGGUGGAGAUCUUCGGGUUUAUCUGCAGAGAAUUGCUGCUGCAGACAAUGUUCAAAAUUUUGUUCGGGAUAACCCAUUUGGUCAGAAGUCCAUCACAGAGAGUGAUCCAAACUGGAAUUUCUAUGUGAAAAUAGUCGAUAAGAUGGAGAAGCAAAUAGUUGAUCAAGUGGAAACGAAAAUAGUUGAUGAAGUGGAGAGGUCCUUAGGUUAAUAGGAACAAAGGUUCAAUCAAGAGAAAGUUCUGUAUUUGUUUGUGUUGAUUAGCAGGUGUUUUGCAUUGCGCCAGUGCUAUCAUGUGUAAUCUAAUUUAGUAAUUGUUGUUUCAUAGACAAAACAUGAUUUGAAGAAUCUUGAUAGGUUUUGUUGUUCCAACCGAGGGAUGAAUCAUUGUUUGUCCUGUAUCGAGUGUUACAGGCUUUCUGGUUUGCUAACUUAGCUAUUUCUGGAAGUUUGGUUGACUAUGCUGGAGGAUGAUUCAGUUCGAUGGAACUGUUAUAUACUCGAAUUGUUGUAAAUCAUCUCAGUUUCAUGGUUU